AUGGCUUUUCGGUCUGAAGGAGAGAAAUUUGCAAUGCUGCUCAUCACUGGUAUUACAAACUUUGCAUUUAUCCCAACACUUUACCUGGCCCAUGUCAACAAGCAUUACUUCCCGAUGUGCAUUGGCUUAUUCACCUGCUUUACCUCGUUUAUGUAUCAUGCUUUAGACAGUAUCAAAUGAGGCUCAUUUUAUAUUACCUCUCAGAACUGACACAAACUUGAUAACAUAGGCUCUAUCAUGUGCUUUAUCUCGUUGAUAAUUUACUGGAUGGACAAUUUGCAAGUUAAGGGGAAAAAUAUUUAUGUGUCUCGGCACUUGUGUGAUAUCGAUAUAAUGCUAAAUUUUGGAGGACUCUUUUUGACUAUGCUUAUGCAGGCAAAUCAUCCUUGGGAGAUAAAAAAUACGAUUGGCCCAAUUUUGAUAUUUGGCAGCAUAUGCAUAAUUAAAAAUUUAUUCUUUACUCCCCUUUAAAUUGGUCGUAAAUUUUUAUUUUUUCUAAAAUAAUUUAAAUUUUUUAAUGGAAAAUUUUAUAGGUGAAAAUACUAAAUUUUAUAUAAAUAACAACUUUAUUUAGUUAAGGAGAGCAACUAAAAUGCUAUAUACAGAAAUUAAUUAUUUUUUUAGUAUUAAUUCUUAAUAAUAUAAAUUAAAAAUCAAUAAUAUUGUAUUCACUUUUUAUUUUUGUGUUUGAAAAUUUUAUAAAAUUAUUUUAAUAUAAUAAUUUUUCCUCGAAAAAAUAAACCUCCUUUAUGGGGAGAGUUAGGUCUUCAAGAUUUAACAGAAAAUACGUCAUCAAGGGAAGUGUAAUACUGACUUUUUCUGUAAUUUGCUUUAUUAAAGCACUAGACGAAGACAAUGAUUACUUGAGGAUAUAUCAUGGGCUAUGGCACUGCGGGGUAUCAAUUUCCGGGUUUUAUCUUUGGCAGAUUGUGGAUAAAGAUAGAGAAAUUAAAGAAUUCCAUGUGGCAAGAUACUGUAAGCAGAAGAGGCUUGAGUUUGGGCAAGCGUUUAUGGCAUUAUUUAAGCCUAAUAUCAAAAAAGAUGACCCAUAG